GGACUGUGCGGGGGGGUUGGGUUCGUCUCGCGCUGACAAAAGCCUGCUGGACCAAGCCGGCUCCGGGGAUGGAGGCCGAGGGCUUGGGCAGGUAUUAUUCGCCUCUUCAACAAGCCCAAGCAUUUUAUCCAUUUCCAUUCCAUCAAGUGAUAACUGGAGCUCCUAACAUGGAAAUUAUGAAUGAACAACAAACUCUGGAGGGGACUCCAGAGACAAAUUUUGCUUCAGAGCCUACUCAAGAAGUUACAAGGGGCAGGAAGAGAAAAACCAAAUCAUCUGAGCCCAAAAAGCCUGCUGCCAAAGCAGCUAAGUCAGCUAAAUCAAAAGGCAAACAAGAAAAGAUCACCAGUACUUUUAAAGUCAAAAGAAAAGUGGACCGUUUUAAUGGGGUAUCUGAAGCUGAACUUUUAACCAAGACUCUGCCUGAUAUUUUGACCUUCAAUCUGGACAUUGUAAUAAUUGGCAUAAACCCAGGCUUGAUGGCAGCCUACAAAGGGCAUCAUUACCCUGGACCUGGAAAUCAUUUUUGGAAGUGUCUUUUCAUGUCUGGGCUGAGUAAAGAACAAUUGAACCAUAUGGAUGACCACACUUUACCACAAAAAUACGGUAUUGGAUUUACAAACAUGGUGGAGAGAACAACACCAGGUAGCAAAGACCUCUCCAGUAAAGAGUUUCGGGAAGGAGGGCGAAUUCUGAUGCAGAAAUUGCAAAAAUAUCAACCUCGCAUAGCAGCUUUUAAUGGAAAAUGUAUUUAUGAAAUUUUUAGUAAAGAAGUGUUUGGAGUAAAAGUUAAAAACUUGGAAUUUGGAUUGCAGCCACACAAGGUCCCCGAUACAGAAACGCUCUGCUAUGUUAUGCCAUCAUCCAGUGCAAGAUGUGCCCAGUUUCCUCGUGCGCAAGAUAAAGUACAUUACUAUAUAAAGCUCAAAGAUUUAAGGGAUCAGCUGAAAGGCGUCGCACCAAACACAGAGGUGCAGGAGGUGGAGUACACAUUUGACUUACAGCUUGCACAAGAGGAUGCUAAAAAGAUGGCAGUUAAGGAAGAAAAAUAUGAUCCAGGAUAUGAAGCAGCAUAUGGAGGUGUUUAUAGUGACAGAACAGUCCAUGAGAGUGAACAGUGCAACUUCUCUUCAGAUGGAACUGCAUCAAGCAAUCCAGAGUACAGUGGAGGUUCAUGCUUUCGUGAUGUUCCUAAUGGACAGUGGAUGACACAGUCCUUUACAGACCAGAUUCCAGAAUUCAAUAACAGCAGGGCACAAGAGCUAGAAGGAAGCAGUGUAUAAAAGCUGCUUCUUCAGUGUAUGCAUAAAUGCUGCAGUUUUAAUGCAGUUAACAAAAGUGGUACCUCAGUUCUGUAACUGAAGCAUUUUAAUAGUAUUUUACCUCUCUUAGAUAUUUUAUUGUAGUCCAAACCAAUUGUGUGGUAGAUUUAAUCUUAUGAACUAGGUAAUUUUAAGGAAAAGUCCAACUUAAAAAAAAAAAAAAGUAGCCCUUUUUUGUAUAUGAGUUUUCUAUUUAACAUGCACCAUUUCUUGCAGUUUUUGACAAACUGCUUUCUCAUCUAUGAAGACUGGUUUUUAUUUGGGGGUUAAUUUUCUUCUGUGAUUUUUUUUAAUGUAGCAGUCUGCAGAGUUAUAGUUUUUACUGACUCCUUAAUAAGUUUGGAUAUUUCGUAAUCCUUUUACACCCAGAGAGGGGAAAAAGAAAAUGUAGCCCUGCUCUCACAGGGAGCAAGGCUUUAAAAGUCAAUGUAGUUAUACAAAGCGUGCAUUGUCAAGGUCUGCCUUCACUUUGCUGCCAUAGGUGAGAGAGUCCCACUUUGCAGCUAGUAGUAGCUGAUUUGUUUUCUGAGCUAAGAUGGGAGUCCCAUCUCCAUUUGGCUUGUUGGCCACCUAGACCACGGGUCAGCAAUGUUUUGGAGUGUGAGCCCACUUUAACAGAGCUUUGCUCCUGGCACAGGCCACUUCCACUGGCCUCUGCCAUUGCUACUACUCCCUCCCACAGUGCUGCUGCCACUGUUCCCCCCACUCAUACAGCUGCUGUUCAGGCAAAGCUCCCUUCCACUGAAAGGCCACAAGCUCCCCUGGUUCUGUGGACUGGAUAAAAUGGCUGUAGGUUGCAAACUGCUGACCUAGAGCUCUGAUCUAUCCAAUUUGUGAGAUGCGAUGAGAAUGAAGGAGAAUCUAGUGUGUUGAGCAGGAACACAGUUUGAAUUGCUCUAGUUCAGCUGACUUGAGAUGAGGCCUGUUUAGGAUCCCUUUCAUUCCCUUGAGCCUCCUCUGGAAAGCACGAGGUGGAAGCUUUUGAGCUUUGCAGAGCUCUAACACUCUAAUUUUCAUGUUUUUCUCUAACAUGCCAUUUGGCCUACACCAAGUAGCUCUAGCACUGAAUGGAGAAAUAGAACCCUUUGGAACUGGCUACCUUUGCAGGAAAUGGGGAGGCUAUGCUCCUGGCUAAAUGCAGGAACAGUCACUUAUUUGUAUCGGUCACCAAGAGGAAAAACUAGAAUGAAUCUGAAAGAUUAGGGAUAAUUGAUACGGUUCAGUUCCCUUUCCUCUGUGCCUCUAAGUGUAGGGGGAUUUUUCUGUUUGCUUCCUUCAGGAAUAAUGAUAUAGUGAGGUUAAAACCAUGGGCAGCUAAUCUAUGAAAACAAAAUCAACCCUGGAAAGUAAGGACCUCUUCUUAAAAAUUUGGUAAAAUAGUGCAUGUGUCUCUGUGUACACUUUAUGUGGCCAAUGUUUAGGGAGUGUGGAGGAAAUUAAUUUCCAUGCUUGUGCCUAAUAUCACUGUCUUUCCCUCUCUUUUAUAGAGGAGAGUUGGGGGAAAAAAAGCAAUAAGUUGAUCAAAGCAUUAAUGUUUUGAUUAUCUUAUGAGAGCAGGUGCUUUAUAUACUUGAAAUGUACACAGAUGGUAUUUCUGUAAUCUGAACUAGUUAGAGAUUACACUACCAGGUUUGUUUUUUUCUUCAUCUUCUCAUAUGCUUCAGCAGUUUUUUCAUCAGAGAUUGAAUGGAUGCAUUCAGUGUAGAUCCUAAACCUACUGUAAUGCUUUUGGAUCCCACACACUGCCAGCUUCCUAUGAGGCAGGCAUGCUAUUUACAGUUUUCUUCCCAAAUUGUGUGGCUUAAUCGUAGAGUUUCUUAAAUCAAGACAGUGUGCAUUAUGGUUCUGAUUAUGCUUAUUGGCUCCAGCAUAAAGCUGUUCAUUAUAUUGUCAAAGAUAUGUAGGAAUCAUUCAUUUGUUAUUUAAAACGUACUGUAUCAUGUGUCACUGUUUACAUGGACGUUUUCCUGCUGGUGCUCAGAGUAUCUUGCAUCAGGGAUUUGUUACAAUUCAAUUUAUUUUUCAACAAAACUCUGGAAAGCAUGUAACUACCAUUGCUGAGAAAGUAAUGUGAUAGUACAUAACUACUGUAAAGAUGGCUUCUUAAUUUGAAAGUCUCUUCUUUGACAGGCACCUACUGCAUUAUGUAGGUAUAAGUAUAGUUAAACAUACAAAGACAAUUACAUUAAAUAUUGCAAGUGAUGUGUAUGUAUUCUCUCAGAACUGGUGCUCUUUCAUUACAUUAAUAUGGAGGUUUUUAAACUGUCUUAAAAUCUACAAAUGUUUCACAAUAAAAUCAGGAAUUGUAUUGGAA